CACGAUACCAAGAAUUAAUAUAUAGUAUGUAGAGUCCGUCGUCGUCAUCACACAACAGUUACUUCCACAACCGGGUAUCAUUUCUAGGCCAAGCCUCAGUCAACGCAUCUUCAACCGAAGUUCACGGUCAAAUCUUCGUCUACAACACACAAAAACGCUUAUUAUUCGAUUAUCUUGAUUAAAAUUUGUUGAAAUUCGAUCGAAUUAUUUAUGGGUGUCUAGCAUGAGUCGUGUUGUCUGGUUUGGUGUUAUCGUGCUCUUUGUGGUGAUACCUUACGUCGUUCCUGCGAAAUAUGUGCCCAAGUGGAAGAAACAAGCAUGCGAAAUUCCUACGUCCCAAAAUGAACACUCCCAUUACAUAUGCACCGACGACGGCGAAAUAAAAUGCCUUCCGGGUUGGACGGGCGAUCUUUGUGAUGUACCCAAAUGUCGACCGGGAUGUGACCCGUUCCAGGGCUAUUGCAACAAGCCGGGUGAGUGUCUCUGCAGAUUGGGAUACUACGGAGACAAGUGUAAUAAGUGCAUUCCCCUACCUGGAUGCCAGCAUGGAUAUUGUAACGUCAGUUUCGAAUGUAUUUGCAAAGAGGGAUGGGACGGUCUCUUCUGUUCCGAACCGACAUGCAACAAGGAUUGCCACUCGACAAGGGGAUACUGCGACGUGCCUGGUGAAUGCAAAUGCAGACUUGGUUGGGCUGGAAAAACUUGUAGGGACUGCCAAGUAUUGCCCGGAUGUCAACACGGAUAUUGCGAUAAGCCCCUGGAAUGUAAAUGCCACAGAGGAUAUACCGGAAUCCUAUGCCAAACACCUAUUUGUUCGAAGAGCUGUCAUAAAGAAAGGGGUUAUUGUAGGAAGCCGGGCGAAUGUAGGUGCAAAGUUGGAUGGUGGGGUAAGAAUUGUGAGAAAUGUUUCCCAUAUCCUGGAUGUGUAAAUGGCACUUGUCAUCGACCUUGGGAAUGUAACUGCAAAAAGGGUUGGGGGGGAAUGCUCUGCGACGAAGAAUUGAAUUAUUGUGAGAACAAUCCGAACAUCUGCCAAAACGGAGCGAAAUGUAUCUCCUUAAUUCAGGAAGAAGGAAGUUACAAAUGCCUGUGCAGAGAGGGAACAUAUGGAAAGAACUGCGAACAUUCUGAAAUAUCGACAACAAUUAAGCCUAAGACGACAACUGCGAAAACUACAAAUCUUACAACUGUUGCUACAACGGAGUCUUUAGAUUCGGAGGAAGUUGAAGCUACAACUGAAACUACUGAAUCUUCCAUUGAUAAUGAGACAGUGUAAAUAAUUUAUAUUUGCUCAAUAUUUAAUUAUAGUUAUUUAUUUAAUUAUUUUAUUUAUUGUUUCUUAAACUAUGUUAAUCUAGA